AUCUCCACCCCUGUCCUAAGCAUUGUCAAGGGCAAGAAGAGCUCUUUCACUGGCCCCAAGUAUUGGGAUACAUUACCCUGCACAUUUCCUUCCAGGAAACCAAGACUUUGUUCUGGGGGUAGGGGUGGGGCGCCGUUUUUAUAUAGUGGGAAACUAAGCAGCGGCUUUAAGACAAGCAUGGGUUUGGGGCUGGUGUUUUGGGUCACACGUGACAGCAGUGGUCUCCCUGGCGCUUGCUGAUGAUGUCUCCGUGGCGCUCCAAGGAGGGAUUGGCCAAAGCCGGUCUCUAAGCAAUGAGCGCAGCACCCUCCCAGAAGCAAGGCGGAAGCGCGCCGAACGCGGUGGGGCGGAGGCGGGAGAAGCGAGACGCGCGAUGAGUGGUCUCGGCCGGCUCUUCGGGAGGGGUGAGCCCGAGCGAGACUGGUCACCGGGAGGGAAGAAGGAGAAGGGGCCAACCCCUGAAGAGGCAAUACAGAAACUGAAGGAGACAGAGAAAAUAUUGAUCAAGAAACAGGAGUUUCUGGAGCAGAAGAUUCAACAGGAGCUACAAACCGCCAAGAAGCAUGGGACCAAGAAUAAGAGAGCCGCCCUACAGGCUUUGCGGAGAAAGAAGAGGUUGGAACGGCAGCUGGCACAAACCGACGGGACGUUAUCCACCCUGGAGUUUCAGCGUGAAGCCAUUGAGAAUGCCACCACCAAUGCAGAAGUGCUUCGUACCAUGGAGAUUGCUGCCCAAGGCAUGAAGAAGGCCUACCAGGACAUGGACAUUGACAAGGUGGAUGAACUGAUGGCUGACAUCACAGAACAACAGGAGGUGGCCCAGCAGAUCUCAGAUGCCAUUUCUCGGCCCAUGGGCUUUGGAGAUGAUGUGGAUGAGGAUGAACUGUUGGAGGAACUAGAGGAGCUCGAGCAGGAGGAAUUGGCCCAAGAAUUGUUACAAGUGGGCGAAAAGGCAGAGGAACCCCCAAUCAAACUUCCCAGUGUACCCUCUACACAUCUGCCUGCAGAGCCAGCUCCCAAAGCAGAUGAAGAUGAAGAAGAACUAAAGCAGUUGGCUGAAUGGGUGUCCUGAUGAGUCUGGGCUUGUCUACCCAAUGCUGCCUACGUUGUUCUCUUUUCCUUAAGUGCCAAGUGCUGAGCUAAAGGAACCUAGCCUUGUUGGGAGGUCCUGCUGAGGGUGGCAGUAUGACCCUGUGUGAGAAAAGGGUCUGUUGCCCUCCCAUCCCUGGCUCAACUCUGAAGAAGGAUCUCGGUGUGGGAGGAGCCCCUGGGCUCCCUUCGAUAGCAGUUACAGUGCCCUUGUUCCCAAUAAAAUGGGGCAGAUGGAAUCCUAGUGCUAAUACUGCCUUGUCUAAACCUGAAA